AUGGGAGACUAUGCCUCUGCACAGUCUGCAGAAGUUCUACAGAAAAACAUCUCUGGGCUGCUUUGUGUCUUUGUCCCCCAACAGCUCCAAGGUGACAUUCAAAGGCUUUCACAUCUACUGCUAGACAGGGCUCUGUUCUGUUAUCAGAUGUUAAAACCAAAAAAGGAUCUCAUUUUACCCAACGGUGGUACUCCAGCAGGCACUUCCAGUCCAGCUUCUUCAUCUUCCCUUCUCAACAGACUUCAGCUUGAUGAUGACAUUGAUGGUGAGACCAGAGAUCUCUUUGUCACAGUUGAUGAUCCCAAGAAGCAUGUUUGUACAAUGGAGACCUACAUCACAUAUAGGAUCACCACCAAAAGCACUCGGGUAGAGUUUGACCUGCCAGAAUAUUCUGUUCGUCGAAGAUACCAGGAUUUUGACUGGUUGAGGAACAAACUGGAAGAGUCCCAGCCCACUCAUCUCAUUCCCCCGCUUCCUGAGAAGUUUGUGGUGAAAGGUGUCGUGGAUCGUUUUUCAGAAGAAUUUGUGGAGACCAGAAGAAAAGCUUUGGAUAAAUUUCUAAAAAGAAUUACGGAUCAUCCUGUGCUGUCUUUCAAUGAACACUUUAAUGUUUUCCUUACUGCUAAGGACCUGAACGCCUACAAGAAGCAGGGGAUAGCAUUGCUGACCAGAGUGGGUGAGUCAGUCAAACAUGUCACUGGAGGCUACAAGCUGAGAAGUCGACCUCUUGAGUUUGCAGCCAUAGGUGAUUACUUAGAUACGUUUGCACUCAAACUGGGAACCAUUGAUCGAAUAGCCCAACGGAUCAUCAAAGAAGAAAUAGAGUACCUGGUAGAGCUGAGAGAAUAUGGGCCUGUGUACUCCACAUGGAGCACACUGGAGGGUGAGCUGGCCGAACCCCUGGAGGGUGUGUCAGCUUGCAUCGGGAACUGCUCUACUGCCUUGGAAGAGUUGACAGAUGACAUGACAGAAGAUUUUCUACCUGUGCUCAGGGAAUAUAUUUUAUAUUCUGAUUCCAUGAAGAGCGUACUGAAGAAGAGGGAUCAAGUUCAAGCAGAGUAUGAAGCCAAACUGGAAGCUGUGGCUCUGAGAAAGGAAGACCGCCCCAAGGUGCCAGCAGAUGUUGAGAAGUGUCAAGAUCGGAUGGAGUGUUUUAAUGCCGACCUGAAAGCUGACAUGGAGAGGUGGCAGAAUAACAAGAGGCAGGACUUCCGGCAGCUGCUCAUGGGGAUGGCCGACAAGAACAUCCAAUAUUAUGAGAAGUGCCUCAUGGCGUGGGAGUCAAUUAUUCCACUACUGCAGGAGAAACAGGAGGCCAAGUAAGUUCCUGCUUGGGACAGAGACUCCUCUACCUACACAGGGCAUGGCACCCCAUACCGGAAUGUCCCUGCAGUGCCAGAGAGGCGGCGCUGAGAAAACACCCACAGAAACAUCUCUCCUUUGUGUAUUUUCCCCCUCCCCCUUCGCCCCACAGUUGUUUUCAUAGUAUUUAUUGCUUGGUGAAGUCUGUGAGGCUAGAAUCAUCUCUCAGCAAAAGAAGCAUACCUCCAUGUUGUGAAGAAACCUAUUCAGUGGAGCACUUCGAAGAUUUGAAGCUGAGGGACAAGACAACCCUCAGCUGAUGUUCUGCCAUUUCAGGACAGUUUCCUUUUUUCGGGACAGCUGAGUUGCCUGUUGUGGGAGAGAACCUGGGGCCUGCUUUUCAAAGAUGCGAAAGAGGCAGGAAUAGAAGGUGGCUGUUGCUUUCUGUGGAAACAUGGCGGCUCUGAAACUGAUCCCUGUGGGCAUUGACUUGUCUCAGCCUAGAAGGAGGUAUUCUUGCCUCCGUGGAAAGUCCUUAAUGUACAGUGGCCUGUAGCUUUGAGUGUGGCCUGCUGCCUGCUUGUGAUGAGUGAUACCUGUUUUCUUGUUUCUGUUUCAUGUAGAGACAUUUAAAUCAGUGUCAAUGUGCAUCCAUCCUUGAGCGAGCAAGCCAGCGUCCUUGUCCUUCUGUGAUGCCUUGGGAAGCUGAGGGAGACAUUCCCCAAGCUUGUUCUGACACUAGAAUGCAAUAGAUUGAAAACAUUUUGUGUAAAGUGAAAAAAAAAAGGUGCAUUUUUUUUCUUUGAAGGUCUUCAGUGUUUUUCGUGUUCAUUGUCAUCAGAGCAGGGAUUAGACCUAUUAGGGAAUUUCUAUUGUCUUGAAGUCAGAGUAUCUCUCCUGUUGUUGAGACCAGUGGGCAUAUACCAAGCCCCACCUCCAGUGUCUGCUUUGUGCAAUUUGCCUUUACCUCACCAAAAAUACCUAGUUUAAUAUUUCCUACUGUGUCCACUGAAUGUUUGAGCAAGCUUUUGGUGAGAGGGCUAAUAUGUCGUGCUGUUAUGAUACAGUCGAAAUUUGUAAACUCAGUGCGAAUGUUCUACAUAAAGUGCUUUAACCUUUAACAUUUAACCUUUAAAAUUCUUCCUGGUCAGGAAGAACCUGGAUGGACCUGAAGAUGACAAGUGUAACAGCAAACUCUUUGAUUCUAGCUAAGCUAAAAUCUCCUCAGUUUGCAGCCAAAUUCCUGGGGAUUACUGCCUGUGUCAAAGUCUUCAUUUCAAACUAUUACCAGGUUUUCUUUUCUUUUCUUUUUUUGAGUUAGAGUCUCACUUCAUCACCCAGACUGAA